AUGGACGCCGAUAUCUUUGCCCGGAGCGGCGGAAUAGGAGGCGACACGAGCGACCGACCUGGAUUCUAUAAGCCCGUUGGUAUUGGCUUGGCUGUUGGCUCUGGUUGCUUCAUUGGUGUCUCCUUUGUCCUCAAGAAGUUCGGUCUAUUGCGCGCCAACGAGAAAUACAAUGAAGUCGCUGGUGAAGGCUACGGGUACCUCAAGAACUUUUGGUGGUGGACAGGCAUGAUUCUUAUGAUCAUUGGCGAGAUUCUCAACUUUGUCGCAUACGCCUUUACCGAUGCAAUCCUCGUCACUCCCCUGGGCGCCCUAUCCGUCGUCAUUGCAGCUAUCUUGUCGAGUAUCUUCCUCAAAGAACGCCUCAGUCUGGUUGGAAAAGUUGGCUGCUUCCUUUGCAUCGUCGGCUCAGUCGUUAUUGUUAUGAAUGCGCCCCAUUCCUCCUCCGUUAGCGAUAUCCAGCAGAUGCAAGGUUACUUUAUAACACCAGGCUUUCUCACCUAUGCCGGUAUUAUUCUGGUCGGUUCUGCCGUCACUGCGAUUUGGGUUGCUCCGAAAUACGGAAACAAGAAUAUGCUCGUCUACAUCUCAAUCUGCAGUUGGAUCGGUGGGUUGAGUGUCGCAUCAACCCAGGGACUGGGUGCUGCCAUCAUUGCGUGGAUUGGAGGCAAACCUCAAUACAAGGAGUGGUUCUUGUGGGUUUUGUUUGUUUUCGUCAUUGGAACACUGUUGACCGAGAUCAUUUUUCUCAACAAAGCGCUCAACAUUUAUAAUGCGGCUCUUGUUACCCCAACAUACUACGUUUACUUUACCAGUACUACAAUUAUUACAUCAGCGAUUCUCUAUCAGGGUUUCAAGGGCUCUGUCCAGUCCAUUGUCACCGUGGUUUUAGGUUUCCUGACAAUUUGUUCGGGAGUUGUCUUGCUACAGAUAUCAAAAUCCGCAAAGGAUGUGCCUGAUUCUGCUGUCUUCAAUGGUGAUCUCGAUCAGAUCCAAACUAUUGUCGAGCAAGAGCAGCCAGAGACCGAUCCCAAAGCUGAUGCCAUCCGUGGAACGGCUGCCAUUGUGCGACAAAUGUCUCAGCGAAGACUUAGAAUGGAAGCCGAGGAGCUCAAGCGACUGCACGAGGAAAAGAUGAUGAUGGAGACCAUGGAUCCUAUCCGUGAGGAUGGAUCGCAGCCAGAGUGGGAAUGGGAUGGACUGAGAAGGAGAAGAACAAUGACUUUCCGAACCGGAACGAUGAGCAGCUCAAGGGCUGGAUCCGUAACAUCUCCUCCGCCGCAGGUACCCCCGAUCUCUCCCCGAUUUGCCGUAAGGCCGAGCAGUCCCAGACAGCACCCACCGCUGGGCAUGUCCCAAUUCCCCCCGAUCGAUGACGAUGACGAUAACGAUAACGAUGGCAAUAACCGCCAGGAGACGAACACCCUCUUUUCUAGUAUAGCUGGGACUAUUAGGGGUCGAGCUCGAGGCUUCACCAAUUUCUCUGGACGACACGCCAACGACGAUCACGAAGACGAUAAGCCCCGUCCUCGGAGCCCGCUGCACCCCGUACCUCUAACAGAGAUCGCCGUCCCCCGGGACAAGGCCGACGAAGAACAUGCCGCUUACUACGGGCAAACUCGCGAACAUACAUUUAACGGUCAGGACACUGAGUACCGAGGGGCGUCGUUCCGCAGUGGAAACAGCCUAGCUCCACCGACGCCUCCGCCUCAUGGACAGCCACCGGAUAUCACAAGGCGUCAGUUUUCAUUCCACAACGUUUUCCGGCGACCAAACUCAUCGUCUAGAUCAACAUCGCAUGUCGAGGACCCAACGGAGGAAGAGCAGGCCGGACUCGUCAAAGACGAUAGCCGACCCGGACCAGCCUACCACUAG